UUUUCUGUUUCCUUCUGCUAUUUUGCUUGCGCUUGCAGAAGAGGUUCUAGGUUCUUGAAUGAGAGCUUUCUUAGAAAAAUUACUGUUAUUUCAUUUUUGUUUUUGAUUGGCUUUUACAAUUUUAUCAUAAUUUUAUCUGGACAAUUUUUUCAAGACUAUUAAGUCCUUAAUAUAUCUGCACAGAACUAGAACUAGAAUUAUUUGUAACCAUGACUAACAUCCCAGUGAACUGUUUGUUGGACAUCCAAGAAAAAUAUUCUAUGGUAGAAACCCUGCUAUCUCUAAAAGACCCCGAGACGGAGCCCUAUAAAUCGAAGUACGCAGCUGGUGCCUUACUUUCGAUUUUGAAGACAGAAGUCAUUCAACUCAUAGAUGGGUGUUGUGAAGAUGAGUUUUGUGAACGUCUUUCAUCAAUGCUUGCUGCCAUUUGGUUAAGUCUCGGUAUAAUUUCUUAUGAGACAGAUGCUCUAUCUGAAAGUUCUGAAGAGCUUAAAAAAUCAUUAGAAAUCACGAAAGACAAGUCCAUGCACCCACGAUUUGUUAUACCAAGAAUAAACGCACUAAACCAUUUGGGAGUACUGUAUUCAAUGCUUGAACAGCCACAGAAAUCAAAAGAAUAUUUGGAAGAAGCUGAAGAUCUGUACAAAAAAAUUUCAGAGCUAAAAGAUCCUAUAGAGGCAUUUGGAAUUGACGAUUUAUUCAAAGCUGACACUUCUGACUUAAAGUCUCCACGCUCAAAGGCAGAGAGUGAUCUAGAGAAAAGUCAUACACUAACAUUGUAUUACCUAGCUCAGAUCUAUGGUACUCUGGAAGACCAUCUUAAAUCUUCUGUGUAUUGCCAUAAUACAUUGAAGCGACAACUAGAAAGUAAAGACUACGAUCCCAUUGAAUGGGCACUCAAUGCUGCAACUCUUUCUCAGUUCUUCAUGGAACGUACCGGCUUCAAACAAGCUAGGCAUCAUCUAGCUGCAGCAUCAUAUAUAUUGGAAAAGUAUUUUGAGGAGCAUUUGAAAAACAUACAAGGUUCAUCUGAAGAAGAUGAGGCAAAGAAAGAGAGAUAUCAGCAUAGAAGUGCGGAUGUUGCAAGGUGCUGGUCUAAGUAUGGUUUGUUACUGUUAGAGUCAUCUAAAGAAAGACUCAUGUCAAAGACAGAUGAACCUGAUGAACAAGAAAGCCCUACUACUGAUUUGUCUAAACACUUAGCUCAAGACGAUACAACAACAUCCAAAGAUGACAUAAGUGGACUUCUUUUUUCAACCCUGGAAAUACCUACUUACGAAAAUCAGAUUACUGAUAAAUUUGUUCUUGACUAUGAAGAUGCACUGCCUGUAUUCCAGUGUACAAAGCGUUGGCUUGAGGAUGCUAAAACAUAUUACACACUGGAUGAGCAUGCAUCUGACUUUGUGAGAAUCACUCAAGACUGCAGUGCCCUCUUUCAGGUGCUGGCCUUUUUUGAGUCUGAUGAAAAAAGACAGUGCCAGAUGCACAAGCGGAGAGUUGACAUGCUAGAAAAUGUGAUAGCAUCUCUUAACCACCAGUGCUACCUGCAGCUAUGCCGACAAAUUUGGUAUGAGUUGGGUGAAACUUAUUUUGAAAUGCUUCAUAUAAAAUUGGGGAAAAUUAGAGAGGGAAAUACUGAUGGGAUGAUGCCCGAUCCUCGUAUUCUUAAUAAACUCAACACACUGACACAGAAGAGUAUUGAUAACUUUGGACACUUUCUGAGCUCAAUUUAUAAAGAUGGGUCAAGCAUCAAAGAAAUUAAGUUGGAACCAGAGUGUAUCCGCCCUGUCCUUAGCAGCCACUUUUUCCGUGGUAGAUUGUUUUCUAGACUCAUUACAUGUGAUACAGAUCAAAAAAUUGAUAACAACAGAAAAAGUCUGGCCAGCUUCAAGUUUAUUGUUGAAUACUGCUCAGAGUACCCAGAUGCUGAAAAACAUGUACCUUUGGAAUUACCAGUCUGCAAAGAAAUGGUGGAACUUCUUCCUCAUAAAAUAAGACAACUCUCUACUUCACAAAUAAAUUGAAUAACCUCAAGCUUUUCAAAGCAAAUUAAUAAAUAUGUGUAGAAAUCAGGCAUUAGUUGUGUCUUGUCUGAAUAGUACUGUAUUAAAAAUAUUAAUUAAAUUAAAUAUUGCUUACUGAAAUAAGA